UGACUUAAAAAACAAUUACAAUUAAAAUAAUUUGAUAAAAGACAAUUUGAUUUAAAAGAAAUUGAUAAAGCAUUUAUUUGCAUAAACAUUGUUUAUUCAUCAUCAAGCUGACUUAAAUUUAAUAUUUUAAAACCCCACACAGCACUAUCUAUUAUAAAUAAUCACGCACUUGCAACAGACCUUGAAAUUAUAUCACUUAUAUCUGUUUUGAAUAUUUAUCGUUCAAAUUUAUUUUAUUUUAUUUCUCACCUCACAUCGAUUAUCCUUGCGGACUAGCAAAAUAGUAAUAGAAAUAAAUUUUAAACUCUCUUUGGCUCAAUCAAGUGUGUGAAAUUGAAAUUGAAAUUAAAUCCUGAUUUUAAACUUUGAACGGUUUUUUUUUGUUUUUUGGAAUUUACUUGUUUCGGCCUCGCUGUGUGAGUGGUUAUUGUGCAAAAUUCAAAAUUAAACAAGUUUCUAAAACUCUAAGAUAAUAAUAAAAACAACAAGAUUUUAAAACGCUUAAACAAUCGAAAACUUACCCACCGGACACACCGUCAUCGUUUACUAAAAAUAAUCUCUCUGGCAGAAGCAUCAAAAAGGCAGUAGGUUUCCGUCAAUUGCAUUAUAUUGAUUUGCAUUGUUUUCGCUUGCACAUUGUGUGUAAUCGUAAGACUUUGACACUGGCCUGCAGACAAAUAUCACAUUAACAAAACCAACAAUCACUAACGAGCACACAUACAUCCAAACACGAUCAUCGAUAAUAUUUGUUUUUGUUUUAUUUUUUGGUUUAUUCCAAUACAAAAAUAUUUAUACAUAUUUUUGGCUAUAAAUCGAUUGCUACCGACGCAACGAAUUUCGAGAAAAAUUAAAGACACGAAAUAAAAACGGCAACAAAAUAAACUCCAAUUCAUUCGUACAUUGGAUACACACAACUACGCUGUGCAUUUAAAACGUUUGAAGUGUGGCGACAAACCCACUUGGAUUUUUCAAUUAUUCAGCUAACGCACGUACACACCAUCGAUCGUCGACGACGAUACAUCCAUCAUCACGACAUUGGUGCAUUGAUGAGCGCGCGCGCCCACUUCUCUUAGCCAGUUGCAAUUUUAUAAAAAACGAUCAAAAAUUGUUCAUUCAUCCCAUGCGGAAGUGAAGAUCGGCCACUGUGAGAUUCUGAGAGGACAAACUAUUACCAUUAGCAUUAAAGGUCCAACUUAAGCCGAACGACAAUUGAAAAACACGGAGAUAUUAUUGCAUCGAACAAAAGUGAAAGAAGAAAAUCGAAAGAGAAAGCAAAACAAUACAAACAAAAAAAAAAUUCAAAAAUGGGAAGCGGAGAAGGACAAACGUAUUGCUUGCGGUGGAAUAACCACAAAGCCAAUUUGAUUGAAAUACUUGAUGGAUUGUUUCAAAAGAAAAGCUACGUCGAUUGCACACUUCAUGUUGAUGACAUGAAAUUUUUCGUGCAUCGUGUCGUAUUAGUGGCCAACUCAACAUAUUUCCAGACAAUUUUACAAGAUAUGGUCAUGGAUCAUUGUACCAUUCUAUUUCCGGGCGUAUCUGGUUUCGAAAUGCAAGCAUUGCUCGAUUAUAUGUACACCGGUGAAGUGAAUGUGACACAAUCACAUAUACCGCGUUUCAUUCAAAUUGCCGAACAAUUGGCAGUUAAAGGUUUAUUCGAUAUGACCGAUUUGAAGGAUAGAUUUAAUAAACAUAAGGUCGACGAACCCACAUAUCCGGUUAACUUGGACAGCAUGCAAGCAUCACAAAUUAACAACAAUAAAUUAUCAAACAAUCAACAAUCGUCACCAAUCAUUUCACAAUCGGCCAAUAUUUCAUCAUCCGUACAAAGUAGCACCGGUUCGCCGCCAUACAACUACAAAUCAAACUACUCUAUGUUCGGACCAUCAUCAUCGGACUGCCCACCACCACAAUGGCCAAUUUCUGCUCUAGCCGCUCCUCUAACACAUGCUGGAUCAAGUUCUCGUUUCCAAAAUGCCGUUACUGCUGCAGCCGCUCUUGGAUCCACUUAUGAAUCUGGCGCUGAUAUGAACCCAUUGAAACGUAAAAAGCUAUACAAUAGCAUGCUUGGUAUGUCUCGUGAUACAUCAAUAUUACGAAAUGUCUUGGCUCAAUCAAGUCCAGUCGAUUCAUCACAACAUCCUUCAUUACCAGGCACAGACCGUGAACGUGAACGUGAGCGUAGUGAUCGCAGCGAUCGCAGUGACAGAAGUGACCGAAGUGAUCGACACAGCACAUACUCAAACGGAACUGACUACUCGGACAAGAAAACAAAAUACGGAGAACCACAUUCACCAUACACUGAAAAAUUCGAUGAUGAUGAAAAUGGCCACAAUCUAAGCGGAAAUGAUGCACGUAUGGGAAAUUAUGCUCAAGCUCAAGGAAAUCAAAAGCCAGAGUGGAAACGUUACAAGCAAUACACACGUCAAGAUUUAACUGAUGCCAUUCAAGCGGUCAAAGGUGGAAUGAGUGCAUUACAAGCAUCGCGUCAAUUCAAGGUACCAUCAAGAACAUUGUACGAUAAGGUCAAGAAAAUGGGUAUAGCUGGUGCGCGUCCAAUGAAUCGUUCAUCAAUGAAACGUAGCCCAAGCAAUAAUGGAAGCCCGGCCGCAUUCCCAUACGGUAUCAGUGGAACACGUAGCCCAAUCGCUCACCAUUUGGAUGGUCAAUCACAUUUACCGACAUUGAAUGACAGUGAAAAUGGACCUGAAAGCGAUCAUCGUGAACGUAAUUUAAUACCAAAUUCAUUGCAUGGUAUAUUCGAUCCGAGUUUAUUGCUAAAAGCCAUAAGCGAACGUGGUGGUGAUCUUGCCAAGAGUGUUGCCAGUCUUGCUGCUGCCAAUGGAAUCAAAAAUAUCGGACGACCAAUGUCACAAUCGCCACCGCCUGGAAUUUAUGAAGGAUCUGCAUCAACGGCCACACCAAACUCACCACCACCACGAAAUUGUAUGCCAGAAGAUGACGAUGAUGAUGAUGAUGAUGAAACAAAUAUGCAAGAAGAAAGUGAUCGAAAUUCAUUUGUAAAAGCGGAACCAUCAACAAUGGAAGAAGAUGCCGAUGACGAUCAAGUGGAAGAUUUGUCAAUGUCUCGAAAAAGUGAAAAAUUAAGUCCGCCACCAUCGCCCGUAUCCGUUGCGUCUAUACCAAAUGCCGAUGUAGCCGUACCCGCCGCUCAACCGGGUGUCAUCGUACCGCCACAAAAAUAAACAAAACACCAAAUUGGCUGCAAACGGACAUGACUUUUCUUUUUAAAAUACGAUUCAUAUUUUUUCACAUUUUUUUCGACGAGCCAAAAAAAAAAAAAAAACAAACAAAUGAAACCAACAACAACUCAAUGUCGCCAGUGUAGGUUAUUGUAAUGACCGACGAUGUUUUAUUUUGUUAAGUAAAUAUAUGUUUAAGGAUAAUUUAUUAGUUUGUAGUUGAUCAACUGUUCAAUUUUGAAAUUAAAUCCAGACACAAAAAUACAAUAUUUUUUGAUGAAAAAUAAAAACAAUGGGAACAAUUUUCAUAGAAAUCCAGACAGAGAAAAACAGAGGCUCAAUAUUAUAUACUAAAAAAAUAGAAAAAAGAUAAAGAUGAAUUAUUAUUCGAAUUAGGAUUGAAUACCAAGACGAAUGAAACACACAAACACACAUACAAAUAUAUUAAUGUAACUGUUGUUGUUAUAGACUAUUAGGUUAAAUGUUAUUAAUUAAGUGGAAGAAGAAACAAAAAAAAAUACGAGAAAAAAACUAAAUCACAAAAAUACUAUAGCUAUUAAAAAAGAAAAUUCUAUACGAUAGUGCAAUAUACACCGGAGUUCUCUUCUUUUUUUAGAAACUUUAAAAACUCAUUUUUUGUUCGUAUUUUUUUUUAAAUAGUUUUUGUUGGACAAAAUAGUUCUAAAGAACAAUGUAAUUUCUUUUAUUCGAAGUAAUAAUUUAAUUAUUUCUUUUUUUUUUCUUCUUCAUUCAAUACUGUUUGAUCCUCAUCAAAGUAAAACAAGAAAAAAAUAUAUCAUAAAAUAUAAUAAUAACGACAACAAUGACUUCAACUCAGGUUUUCUCGUAACGGGAGCAAAUCUCAAAUGGUUUUUAACAUAUAGAGAGAAUGAAACAAAGAAACAAACUAAAAAAUAGAGAAAAAAAAAUUUGCAAGCAAAAAAUUUAUAUAGAAAUAAUUAUAUAGAGAAGAAAUGUUAAGAGAGGAGCAGUGUUUGUGUGAUCUGCAUGGCAAAUUCGAACACUAUAUGAAAUCCAUAAACAACACACGAAAAUGUCGGAAUGCAUUUCCCGAAUACACUUUUCCCAAAACUUUUCUCCUUGCAGAAAUUUUCCCAAAUAUUCCGGGAAAACGUUUGUUCGGGAAAAAGUAGUUUUGGGAAAUGUUCCGACAUUCGAUAAAAAAAAAUUCGAAAUUCUAUGCGAUCAAUUUCAAUCUGAAUUAUUUUUUUUCUUUUGAAUAGUUUUUCGUUUGGAUUUUAUGUUUAAAACUUGCAAAACAAAAUAUUACCGAUUUAGUUAUAGUACUGACUUAGCUAAUUCUUUUUAUGUUCGUCUUUUUUUUAAGUCAAUCUUAAUUUGUUUUUUAAGCGAUGCGAACGCGUCCAACAAUGCAUACGAGGAAUAUUUUUUAUUAAAUUACAAAAUGUGUAAACAAUUUUAGCUUUGAAAUAAGCGUGAAAAACAAAUAAUUACCAUCACAGCAACAAUUGACAAAACGGGUAUGAUUUAUUAUAUUGUUUUACGCUUUAGUGUUGAAGAAUAAAUCAAUCGAGUUUAGACACAGAGAAAGAGAGAUAAACAAUAGCACUAUAUGCGUGAUUAUCGAUUGUGAUUGUUUUCUUAUGUUUUUUUUUGUCCCUCCCCCCGGAAUAGACAAUUAAUAUGUGUUUUUAUUAGCAAGCAAUAAGAAUUAGCAAUGUAAGAUUCAUUUGAAGUGAAAGAAAUUCAAAGAAUAGAAAGAGUAAUAUAAAACACUCAACCAAUUACUAUCUUUCAACUACAAAAGAAAGAAAGAAAGACAGACAAAAACAAUCGAAAGUAUUAAACAUGAAUGUUUUUUUAAAAAUGAAACCACCAAAUGAAUACAAUCACAAAAUAAAAUGUGCGCGCACCGAUUCUAUUUUCAUUUACACACGCAUUUGAGAAAAAUUAAAACAACUUCAUUGAUCGACGUCCUCUUUUGCACUAAAUGGUUUCCAAUGCCAUCUAAAUAACAUGAUAAUUUUAAAAUGGAAAAAAUAAUAAUAAUAAUAUAUAUAUAUUGCAUUUGAUGUGCCUUUUAAUUACUAUGAUAAGAAAAAGAGAUAGAGAGAGCAUUAUAAUUUGAGCGAUAGGGAUUUAUUGAACUAAAACACCUGGCCAUUAUAUUUUAUCAAUUAAAUGAUCUUCAUUUGAGAAAGAAAAAAAACAAAAAGGAAAUGUCUGACUGACUGAACAAAAAAAA